UAUCUGGCUGGCUGAAAAAUUAAUUUUCUUGCUAGUUUUAUUGGUAGACUGGUAGUACAAUUUUUGUACGGUACUUGUUUUUGUUUAUUAAAGUAGAAUUUCAUAUACGAAUAAUUUAUUUGUGCGGCACCUUUACAACAGGUGGACCUCAUUAUUUACAAUAUCUCAGUGUGAUAUUUUUGUUUGGAGUCUGGAUGAGGCUGAAUUCGUGAUCGUUAAUUUUGCGCCUCAUAUCGAAUUAGAGGGACAAUAGUCACAAUACUUGUCUGGCAUUUAAGAUUCUGGAAAUACCACUGAUCUAUAGAAUCCUGACCAAGAUUGUUUGUUUUGUUGGCUUCCAGUUCCAAGGUUUUUGAUGAGUAUUGCUGCUAUUGCCUAAAACAGCCGAUAACCGGACCUUUAAAUCGUCCCGCGAGAAUGUCUGACCGAAAUAGUGUGGACGAUAAGGAGGUGGCCGCUCUGGCGAAGAACGAUUCCACGCGCAAGAGCGAUGAGAUCCGCAAGUACAAAAUCCGUUCUCCCAGCCAGUCACCUGUUACCGUCCACAGUGCGGAGGCGGUGUUUCCCUCGCCCGAGGAGCGCGAUAAAUUUCGCGGUAAUACCAAAUGGUUCAGCAACAUCGAAGCGGGCUACUUCGCUAAAAUGGAGAGGGCUUUCGACACGGAAAGCAUCAAUGGCUACGGCAUGGAGAACGGGAUCGAACUGGAUGUAUCAGGAGCGGCUGAUGAGGAGCAUUCCAGCGGCAACAUGCACGGUGGACACCUGAAUGCGGAUCGCGCUGCGGUGGCCAGCGAGUACUGGCAGGAAGUCAGCGCCAAGGCUAACUCCAGUAAUUCCCGGAAUGCUAACUCAAACAGCAUUUCCGGUUCCGGUGGUGAUCAUUCGGCUUCCAACCUUGCCCAGCCUGGGCCGCUCUUGGGAGAGAGGCCAUCCGGCGACGCGUCAGCGGCUGGCAUGCGCGGCCCGGAGUCUCAGCAGAUGCUGAGAAGUUCCUUUGUCCAGCUCUCUCCACAGCGAUAUUCUCCCAAGCUGGAAAGCCACGGAAGUGCAUCCAGCUUAUCUGAUAUGAGGCAAACGCGGUCUCCGGGUAUCCUUCCUUAUCGAGGUCCGUCGAUAAGAAAUUCCGGAGGGGGUCGCUCGGGCGGGGUGAUACAGAGCGGAUACAUGCGCAAUGCUCGCUACGAUGAUCGAGAUGACCUAAUGAGUGAUUUUCGGGAGAUGAGGAUUCGUGGUGGGGAUUCCUAUCCUACGCGCAAAUUCCAGCGAAUUAGUUUGGGCCCAUACGAAGAAUUGUUCAAAUUUCCGCUUCCUGAUAAUGCGAAAUUUUUUGAUUCGCAUGCCCAUUGGUGUUUCGGUAUAAAAAAACUUCAGAGUCAGGGAAUUGAAACGUAUCGCGACAUGCGCAAUGCGUUUCCGGAGAUGUUCCCUCCGUCAUUCGCUGGUUCCAUCCAAGUCUUUUGCUUGCCAUUAUAUUUGCGAUCGUACGACCACUGGCACAGAAAACUGAUCGAAGGUACCGAAGGAGAAUUAUGGUUUACGUAUGGAUGUCACCCAAAUUUUGUGGAUGACUGGAACGAAGAAGUUAAAGCCGGUAUGAGCUUCAGUAUGCAACGGGCCAAUGAAAUUAAGCGAUUAGUUGGACUGGGCGAAAUAGGAUUGGACUACAACCGGCAGAAUAACAACGAGGAAAAAAAACAACGUCAACGAGACGUGUUUCGAACGCAGUUGGAUAUGGCUACAAAGCACAAUUUGCCAAUUGUUAUACACUGCCGUAACGAUGAGGGGCUAAAUGGAAAUAACCAAGCGGAAUUAGACUGUUUUGAUAUUAUCCGCGAGCGUGUCCCACAUAAUUGGCCCAUACAUCGACACUGUUUUCGAGGAUCAUUUGGGGAAGCCCAAAAAUGGAUGGAUCACUUCACGAAUGUUGCGUUCGGAUUUACGCCUUGCAUAGCCGGAAACAAAGAUGUUUUAGCGCGAGAAGCCGUUAAGCAGUUACCACUGGACAAAAUCCUUUUAGAAACGGAUGCGCCAUAUUAUACUCCGGCAUCGAUGUCGAAUUUUCCCAUGGAAAGUUCAGGGGAUAAGCAACCUAGGAAGGUUGCCAUUCCGGGUGGAAUUGCCCUGGUGACAGCUGAUGAGAUUAGCAAGAUCAAAAAUAUCCCGAUUGAAACCGUCGCCAAUCAGACCCGAGAGAAUACACUUCGUUUGUACCAGAUUGAUGCCUAUCUCUUUGUGGCUGGGAAUCUGCUAGCCGAAGCCUGGAACAUCACUAUUCUUUGUCAUCCAGCGAUUCUCUCUGAGCACGAAACAGGAAGUGUUGUCAAAAUGAUGUCCAUGUUGAACCGCUUCUUGGACUGGAUUCGCAGUCUGUUCUGGAAAGAGGAAAUGGAGCUGACUCUUGUGGGACUGCAAAAUUCCGGCAAAACCACUUUCGUCAAUGUUAUUGCUAGUGGCCAGUUCACCGAGGACAUGAUCCCGACUGUGGGGUUUAAUAUGCGCAAAAUCACCAAAGGAAAUGUCACAAUUAAGUUAUGGGACAUCGGCGGCCAGCCUCGAUUCCGUAGUAUGUGGGAGCGCUACUGCCGCGGUGUGACGGCCAUUGUCUACAUGGUGGAUGCUGCCGAUCAGGAGAAACUGGAAGCAUCCAAGAAUGAAUUGCACAAUUUGCUCGAAAAGCCACAGCUUCACGGCAUUCCGGUUUUGGUUCUGGGGAACAAGAAAGACUUGCCGGGUGCAUUUAAUGAGAAAGAGCUCAUCGAUAGGCUGAAUUUGAACGCUAUACAGGACAGAGAAAUUUGCUGCUACUCGAUUUCUUGCAAGGAAAAGCAGAAUAUUGAUAUUACUCUUCAGUGGUUGAUUCGCCAUUCAAAGUCCAACCGACAUUGAAGUGAAGCAUUUUUAUGGGAGACACGACCGUUUUCUUUAGAUUAUGACCUGGAAUUCCUUUAGCAUGUUUUCUUAAUUAUCGGUGGUUUUGAUUACGAUUAAUGUUUGACUGUUAAUUGGUUUCUCCGGAAGAUGACUUUGGGAUUUUUUUUACUCGUGUUCAGUUGUAUGAAGCUGUUCCCGUUUUCGCUUUCUGACAUUAUGCCAAUGACUUGAAAUAUUUUAAUUCAAAUGGCCCAUUAAAUUUCUAGCGAUAGUAUUUACAAA